UUUUUUUUGAAAAAAAAAAAAAUUAAAAAUUUCAACAGCCGGCUCAUCUCAUCUCUACUCCACACAAAAUCAUCUCUCCCAUUCAGCUCCUCCACCAGACCCCAGGAUGAUACCGGACAAGCCUCUCCCCUAUGGGGAUGAAUUUUCGUCAGUCGAGGAAUAUGUCGACUCCUUGCUCGAAUUCGCCAGCACAGCGGACAUGUUCCAGCUCUUCGCCGGCGGCGUCCACCUGAACGACUUGUUCAUUUCAGAGCGCAGCCUGUUCGAGAUGAGCGUCCCGGAGGACUGGCAGCCUUACAUCUUGUCCCUUGAGCCCAUGGGCUUCGUCGACCUGCUCCUGCGGGAUGAUCUGAACGCCAUCCCAGAGGGUUCCCGUCCUCCGGCGAGCCUGGCAAAGUACAUUCGGGACGUCCGCCGGUUGUCCCUGCGCCGGGCGUUCGGAGGCCCGAAGCCGCCCAAGUUGGCGCGGACGGUGGCGCUGGGCAUGAAGCCCAAGAAGAUCCACGAGGUGUCCAACUUUGCCGAGUACAUCAACCGGCUUACGGGGAGCAUCGCGACGCGUUACGGCAAGGACGUCACGCACCUGGUGGACUUUGGCAGCGGCCAGAACUAUCUCGGCCGGACGCUGGCCCUGCCCCCUUACAACCGGCACAUCGUCGCCGUCGAGGGACGGAAGCACAACAUCGAGGCGUCCAGGAACUUGGAUGUACAGGCAGGCUUGUCCACGCGGGAGAAGGUGCACCGCAACAAGAAGAUGUGGCUGCAGGUCGUCGACAGCCAGACCCCCGAGGACCAGCGGACGUCCAAGGCGUUGAACCGGGCCGCCAACGCGCACAGGAUCACCACCGACCCGGCUGCCGACCUGCGGCCGGCGAAGGAACUGGCGCAACGAUAUGUCAGGGUACCGGGCAAGGGUACAGUGUCGUACGUGGUCAGUAGGUUGGAAAGCGGCGACCUGUCCGAUGUGAUUGCGAAGAUUGAGAAGGAGGUGUGGGCGGGAGAGACCGGAGGGACCGGAGGGACCGAAAAGGACAAGGACGAGGAGGCCAAGGGUACGAACAACGACAAGGAGCUCAGGAUGAUGGCCAUUUCCAUCCACUCUUGCGGAAACCUCUCGCACUACGGCAUCCGGUCGCUCAUCAUGAACCCCGGCAUCCAGGCCGUGGCCAUCGUGGGCUGCUGCUACAACCUCCUGACGGAGAAGCUGGGCCCGCCGACGUACAAGUUCCCGUACGUGCGACCCAGCCUGCAGGCCGUCAACGGGCGGGCGUUCGCCGAGUCGACGCGGUUCGAUCCGGAGGGCUUUCCCCUGAGCCAACGGCUGUCCACGUACAAGGGGGACGGGGUGCGGUUCAACAUCACGGCGAGGAUGAUGGCAUGCCAGGCGCCCUACAACUGGGGGGAGGAGGAGAGUCACCACUUUUUCACGCGGAACCUCUUCCGGUCCGUGUUGCAGAAGAUUUUCCUGGACAAGGGAGUCAUCACCAAGGUGUACCACCGCGAGGGCGAGAAGGAGAAGGAGAGAGACGAGAACGACGUGGAGACGCCGUUCAACGUGAGCACGAACCCCAUCAUCCUCGGGUCGCUCCGGAAGCCGUGCUUCGCUUCGUUCAAGGCGUACGUCCGGGGGGCGGUCGCCAAGCUGACGACGAACCCGGAGUACGGCAAGUACAGCAAAAUGGUGCACGCCAAGAUGUCGGACAUGAGCGACGAGGAACUGGAGUGGUAUGAGGCGAAGUACCUGAGCCGGGGCAAGGAAGUGUCGGCCAUCUGGAGCCUGAUGGCCUUCAGUGCGUGCAUCGUCGAGUCGACCAUUGUGACGGACCGAUGGCUUUUCCUCAAGGAACACGGCGAUGUGGUCCAAGAUUGCUGGGUAGAGACGGUAUUUGACUACAGGGAGAGUCCACGCAAUCUUGUUGUGGUUGGCAUCAAGAAGUAGGAGGUCGGGCGACUGUUGUUUAUUAAUUGUCCAUCAUGAUCGCAGGGACAGCGGAUUGCGGAGGGAUUCUAGACAGUUCGGCGGGAACGGUUUAUUCCACUUUGGCGUUUGGUGUUGUUCAAAGAGCGGCAUAUCGUUGGCUCUAGAAGCUUAGAUGAAAGGAAAGAAGAUGCCCCUGUAGGGGGGCGCUCGAUACGUGGAAUAUCUCUGGAAAGAUAAAUUUGAUCGCCAGAAUGGCGAGGAAUAGUAGUGGUCUUGAUAGGUGUGUGAUGCAUCGUGGAGUGAG